AUGACAUCAUCCUCCUGCCUGCAUGUAUAUAUAUAGGGGAUGGUCCAAGCAACUCUCAUACUUCAGCCACUUUCAGAAUCAGCUGAAGGCAAGAGGAAGCACCACAGAGAGCCCCCCUGCAGCCUGUCUGACUUGAUGAACUUGGCUGCCUAGGAAUCUCAGGGAGAUGAUGGCAGGAAUGAAAAUCCAGCUGGUUUGCCUGAUCCUCCUGGCUUUCACCUCCUGGAGUCUGUGCUCAGAUUCAGAAGAGGAAAUGAAAGCAUUCGAAGCAGAUUUAUUGACCAAUGUGCACACAUCAAAGGUCAGUAAGGCAAGUGUUCCCUCUUGGAAAAUGACUCUGCUGAGUCUUUGCAGCCUUAUAAACAACCUGGACGGACAAGCUGAGGAAACAGGAGAGUUUCAUGAGGAGGAGCUUGUUACAAGAAGGAAAUUCCCCAUUGCCGUGGAUGACUUUAGCUUGGAAGCAAUGCUGACAAUAUACCAGAUCCGAAAUAUCUGUCACAGCAGGGCCUUUCAACACUGGGAGGCAAUUCAGGAAGAUGUUCUUGAUAACAGGAAUGACAAAAAUGAAAAGGAAGAAGUUAUAAAGAGAAAAAUUCCUUACAUCCUGAAACGGCAACUAUAUAAGAAUAAACCCAGAAGACCCUACAUACUCAAAAGAGAUUCUUACUACUACUGAGAAGUUAAAUAUUUUACUUCCAUGUGAACAUGACUCAUCCUUCUUUAAUUAAAUAUCAAAUUACAUCUGUG